CCUCUUACCCUAGGGAAAGAAUACUGGCAAAGCACUUCUUACCCCACGGAAAGCACUUUUAAGACUGUCAAACUUUGAAGGAGUAUUCAUUGCAACAUUCUGAGUGCAAUUCAUAGCUUUACUCUUUUGUUAAUCCACUUUAGGUUAACAUAUAGAUAAGGAUAUCUGGUUUUAUGACAGAAUCACAGAAGAACUUUGAAUCUGAUGAAAAGUCACAAAGAAAGUAUUCUUCAUAGUCAACACAGGAGCAGAUCUUCACCAGCUCAGUGAAAGCCAGAUACGUUAUUCCGUGCAAGAAUGAAGACUUUGCAGACUACUUUUUUUUUGUUUGUGUUUGUACCUUUGGUAAAUUCAGCACCACCUAUACAGCAAGAAUCACUCCAGUUUUAUGAGUAUGAUACAGAUGUUACCAUGGGAAGCCUGAUCCAACAAGAUUAUGAAAUGCAAUCCAAGGAUAUAAGAAAGGAUGGAACAAAUGUUUCUCUUGACACUUCCCUAAGACUGCAAGGGGAUGACAGCGAACGCAAUAUAGCACCAACAAAGGAUACAAAUUUACCUACUUGCCUGCUCUGUGUGUGUUUAAGCGGAUCAGUGUACUGCGAGGAAAUAGACAUCGAAACUGUACCCCCACUGCCAAAGGAAACAGCAUAUCUUUAUGCACGAUUUAACAAAAUAAAAAGGAUAGCAGUCUCAGAUUUUGCUGACAUUACUACCUUGAGAAGAAUUGAUUUUAGUGGAAAUAAGAUAGAAGAAAUAGAAGAUGGAGCCUUUUCAAAGCUUCUGUUAUUGGAAGAACUUUCUCUUGCUGAAAAUCGACUUAUAAAACUUCCUGUUCUACCUCCCAAAUUAACCACAUUCAAUGCAAAUCAAAAUAGAAUCAAGAGUAGAGGAAUUAAAGCAAAUGCUUUCAAGAAGCUGACAAAUUUGGCCUACCUCUACUUAGGACACAACGCACUGGAAUCUGUUCCCCUUAAUUUACCAGAAAGUCUGCGUAUUCUUCACCUUCAGUACAACAAUAUUACUACAAUCACCGAUGACACAUUCUGCAAAUCUAAUAACACACGUUACAUCCGCACACGUAUGGAUGAGAUAAGGAUGGAAGGCAAUCCGAUCCUCUUGGCAAAGCACGUUAAUGCUUUCUCCUGCUUGAGAACACUGCCUGUAGGAACAUACUACUAGCCACUACUUAUGUAAUUAUACAUGCCAAAACUUAAGCAUGGUAACAAAAGAUCGUUCUUUUUCCUCUGUUUACACGUUUAUAUCCUCUCCCUUACUCGUGCCGUUUUCCCUCCAUACCCAGAACGUUUUACUAUGUUGAAAUGUGGUUCUUCUCUGAAAUAAUUGUUUCAAAUCAGCCACUUUAUUUAGUAGUUACAGUGUCACCCUUGCUUUCAGAGUCUUUUCUCUUAAUGAAAGUGUAAAAAUACCUAUAUGCACACACACAUAUCUUCACAACUUCUAUUUCACCAACACAUAUUCUUUACGUGUAGGUAAAAUCACAGAAGCAACUGCUUGUUCAUGUUCUUUACCAGUAUCACUACAGUUUACUUUCAGAUAAAUGCAAAAUAUUCUUUGAGCAAGCUACAAAGGAAAAAUACAUCUUAAUUCCACUUUUUUAAUCUGAAAUGAAAUUUUUUCAGUUGACCUUCAAAAGCAUAUUGGAUGUAGUUGCAUACAAAAGAAAGUUAUGUUUAGAAAUAGAACUUCUCAAAGCUUAAUGUCAUUAAAGCUUCCUUAAAAACUUGGUUUGGGGAACAGCAGAAUAAUUCCUAUUUAGGCUUAGUGUACCAAGCAACACAGCAAGUGGAACUUUUCAAAGAUGUGUUAUAUUUUGCUUUCAAAAUAAUCUAAGAGUCUGUGUGUGUAUAUAUAUUAUACAUGUAUUUUAUUUUUACACAUGGUAUUUUUAAUUGAAAUAUAUAAAUUUUGCUCAGCUGUACUGACAAGAGUCAUUUUCGCAACACAAGCUUCCAAUUUUAAUACAAUGGCCGAAGUACAGCAUAGCAUUACUCCAAGUAUCUUUGUUAUUAACAGAUGAUAUGGACCGAGCCCUGUUCCCCUGCUUUUUCUUGACAAGGAAAUGUGACAAUAUAAUUAACAACAAAGCUGAAUUAAUGUUUUUACCUGUAAGUAAGUAAGAUUUCAGCGAGAUAAACAAUUACCCUUGUACAACAAUACUUCUGCUCAUUAGGGGAAAAAAAUCAAAUCAGGUCUUUAAAUUAAAAAGAAAAGUUGAUUCCAUCAUUAAUUUAAAAAUAGCGUUAACUUUAAGCUUCAAGCAUCAUUUCACAUAACUACUUUAAACCAUACAGUGUAUUAAAAACACAAAUCAAUGUGUGCAGGCCUCAACAGACAGGACACAAUGGCUUUUAUUACCCAACCAUACACUUCUGACAUUCAGUUUCAGUUUCUCCCCUCAAAUACCUACCACAGGUGUAAACUCCUCAAAGAAAUGAAUGCCAGAAGUGUGGUACUUUGUACCAAUUUUGAAACUAGUAUAGAUUCCUAAUUUGUAGAAAUAGUUAAGCAUCAAAUGCAUGAUGAUGUAUCGCUACAUCUAACAUACUGAUUUCACACAAUAUUUUGUAUUAGUUUUGUUUAUCUUAUUUAGAUAAGCCUUGAAUUGUUAGUGCUUGUGCUAUGGGGAAUUAAGUGCACGCUUAAUUCUAAACAUACUGACGAUGCUCUGCCACUAAGAACACUGAGACCUAAGUGACUUUCAGUCACUUUUUAAGUAACUGUGUCAAGCAUCAACUGUGGGCACAUCUUUCUGGAAAGAGGACGCAAUUAUGAAAUGCAGGACAAAAAUAUUUUUGCCCUGAAUCCAUUACCAAAGAAAGACAUAGCGAUCCCCAGUAUUUUCCAUUUUAAGUUAUUUGGUGUAACAAGAGAGAAAUUCCAUUGUCUUAAUACAACUGAGAAAAAAACCAAGUCCAACAGUGAGAAUAAUACUUGGUUUUCAUUUUCCCAUGUAAUUCAUAAAACUUUGAUGUUUUUUACCUUCAGCAAAAGGUAAAAAAAACCAAACAAACGAAAAACCAAAAAAAACCCACAAAGCAUGUAAAAAUAUAUUCCAACUUCAAGUCAAAUUUGUACUAGAAAAAAAAAAAAAAGACAUUAGUUCUCUCAUCCCUGUUUUGAUAAAUGCCCAAGAUGGAAAAAACACAGCUAGAAGUAUAAAUGUAAUAAUGUUACGUAAGCAGUGGCCACUGAUCUUAUUCUCAUCACAAAUCAUUAUUACCAAAUAAAGCUCUUUUCAGUAUUAAUAGGAUCAGUAAAUAUCACCAAAAGUCUUCCUAUGAAAAAAAUUAUAUGUGUAUACACAAAUAUAUGCACAUUUAUAUAAACACAUGUAAGCAUUCUAAGACCUAACCAUUAUCACAUUAUUAAUUUUACAAUAAAAUGUUGUACAUAUUUUUAAAAAAGUAGUAAAUAUCAAUAGUAACACUAAUUAACGGUCUUAAUAUUUUGUGAGCAAACCCAGGUAGACAACUGGUACCUUCUGAAUGCCUCAUGCAGGCAGUAAAUUAUCUGAUGUGUUUUAAUUUACUUUCCCCAUUCAUAGCAAGUUAACUCAUCAAAACAUUAAGUAAGAAGGGCUUUAGCAUGCAGGAUUUUUUGCCUUCUAUUUGUGUGACCAGUAGUAAUAUCAAGCUGAAUGUACACCAUUCUAUUUUUUUCCUAUCUCUCGUUUCUGAUCUGUAUUUCCAAUAAAAGUUGAAAUUUU